AUGGAAAAAGAGGGGAAAUUAUCAAGGGAUUCCAUCACUCUUGUCACUAAAUCUGGUUACCUGGGAGCAUCAGACAUUGCAGACUUCGACCCCAAGCAGGAUUAUAUCCAGUUGAGCGAGAAAAUGUACCAUUCAGUCAGUCCUCGAGUCAUUGAACAGCAAAUCCAGACAUCUAUGCAGAGAUUGAAGACGGAUAAACUGGAUAUCUUCAUGAUCAAUUCGCCAGAACGAAUGCUCAUGUCCAAGAAGAGAAGAUACACAUCUGCUCAGUUGUACAAGGAUUUAUCUGAAAGUUUUCGUUAUCUCGAUGGUCUUGUAGCAAAUGGUAAGAUUGGUGGUUAUGGUGUAUGCUCAAACACAAUGGCAUUUCCUUCUGCUGUGGACCACGUAUCAUUGCCUGAAGUCAUCAAAUCAUGUUCGAAUCCUGCCAAUUUUGUAGCUGCAGAGGUGCCCUUCAAUCUAUACGAGAAAGAAGCAACUGUUCCAUCUGAUAACGACAAGAUGAAGACUGUCGCUCAAAUAGCAAAGGAACACGACAUUUACCUCAUGACUAAUCGACCAUUGAAUGCCAUUGCAAAUGGACAGAUUCGAGUGUUGGUGAAUCAUGAAUUGGGAGCCAAUGGAAAAGGACCAGCCGAGCAUGAAAUCAUGGCCAAAAUGCAAUCAUCAUUCGAACACGUCGCUAAACUAGAAUCAGACGUCAUGUCAGAAUUGCCGGUCGAGGAAGAAUCAUUGACAUCUAAAUUUGUUUGGGGACAAGUUCUAUCCGAGAACCUUGCUAGAUUGGCACAGAACCACUUUGCAACGCGCCAUUAUUUGACACUGCAGGUUUUACCUGAACUCGAAAAAGACUUGAUAGAACUCCACAAUUAUGCUAAUCAAUUGGGAUCAGACGAAGAUUUAGCGGCUUAUCAAGAUUGGAUUCAGAACUAUAAAGAGGCUGUGGAUGUUUUGGCAAAGGACAUAGUCGACUACGCCUACAUUGAUACCCUACGAAAGAAUAAUGAUUUGGAUCGCAUUUUGAGUGCUUUGUGUCCCUCGCUCAAUCACUCUUUGGAAGAUGCUUAUUCACCUCUGAGUAUCAAGGCUUUGAGAGUCUUGUUGUCUCAUAAGGAGGUUGGAACUGUGUUUACUGGUAUGCGUGACCCUAUCUAUGUGAGAGAUGCACUGUUUGCCGCAAAGCAAGAGCCAUUAGAUCAAGAAGAUUUAGACGAUUUAUGGCGUUGCCCUAUAUUCAACUAA